AGACUUUCUUUGAUAGCGUCUUCCUGGACCAAACAGCAUCUGAUGCUACCGCGAAGAGGGCCAAAUUUAGCCGCGACCCCCACUCUUAUGCUGGGACGUUGUGUACAGUCUAUGGUCCACAUCUCAGGACACGAAUAACUUCUUGGCCCCGACGGUCCGCUCCUUCUGAACGUUCUGCUAGGCCUAGACGGGUUUGGCGAAGACGAUAGCGGAGCAGCACGCAAGGACUACAGUGGGGGUAGUUAGCUUGAAUAGCUAGAAACUAUACCUAGGUAAAGGCAUUACCAUUGGUAUGAAAUGUGGUGAUGGCUGUGGUCCAACCUUUGCUUGUGUAGCUAGCUGUGUUGAUUCAUUCUUUACCCCAACUUGGAGGUAACGUGAUUCAUUUAACAUAAUUAUAUUAAAACAUACGUGUCUUACUAGCUAAUUAUUUGUUACCAUAAUGUUAGCUUGCUAGCCAGUUUAUUGCUAACGUUAGCUAUUGCCUCCUGUGACUGCCAAUAACUAACUAGUCAUAGCUAGCUUAUCCAGCCAUCUAACGUUAGUUCUAACUAGGUGUUUUAGACCAGACUACAGACAGGUUAGCUUGGCUAACUAGCCACCUCAUUGUCACCCCUGUUGAUUCGAUAGAUACACAGGCUAGUUUGAGAGCUAAUUAACUAGGCAGGCCUGGGGCUUUUUGGAUCUGCCAACUGCAUUCAGUUACUCUUCUAGCGACAAAGCAAGUUGUGAUCAAGAGACUCAACGCUGGUAUCUAGCAAGUUAUUCUCUAAAACAAAACAUGGCACCCAAAAAAAGACCGGUGCGCCUUAACAUCACACCCACCGGCGGUGAGGGAGUAUUGUCCACCUCCACGACCAUCGCAGCUGCCUCUGACGCUAACCUAGAGGCCCUACAGAAGAAGUUGGAGGAGUUGGAUCUGGACGAGCAGCAGAAGAAGCGCCUGGAGAAUUUCCUUACCCAGAAGGCUAAGGUGGGCGAGCUGAAAGACGAUGACUUCCACCGCAUUUGUGAGUUGGGUGUCGGCAACGGAGGCGUGGUCAACAAGGUGUGCCACAAACCCUCAGGCCUAGUCAUGGCCAGAAAGCUGAUCCAUCUGGAGAUCAAGCCAGCCAUCAGGAACCAGAUCAUCAGAGAGCUACAGUUGCUACAUGAGUGUAAUUCUCCCUACAUCGUUAGUUUCUACGGGUCCUUCUACAGCGACGGAGAGAUCAGCAUCUGCAUGGAACACAUGGACGGGGGCUCUCUGGACCAGGUGCUGAAGGAGGCCAGGAGGAUCCCUGAGGAGAUCCUGGGGAAAGUCAGCAUCGCUGUUCUAAGAGGGUUAGCGUAUCUACGAGAGAAACACCAGAUCAUGCACAGAGACGUAAAGCCCUCCAAUAUCCUGGUGAACUCUCGUGGGGAGAUCAAGUUGUGUGACUUCGGGGUGAGCGGCCAGCUAAUAGACUCCAUGGCCAACUCCUUUGUGGGAACACGUUCCUACAUGUCGCCGGAGAGAUUGCAGGGCACCCACUACUCUGUCCAGUCUGAUGUGUGGAGCAUGGGUCUGUCUCUGGUGGAGCUUUCCAUCGGUCGGUACCCCAUCCCCCCUCCGGACGCCAAAGAGCUGGAGGCCAUCUUUGGCCGGCCCAUCACGGACGGGACCGAGGGAGAAAUGCACAGCAGCACCUCUCCCCGACCCAGACCCCCCGGGGGCAGACCUGCCAGCGGCCACGGUCCUGCAAUGGCCAUCUUUGAGCUGCUGGACUACAUCGUCAACGAGCCUCCCCCCAAGCUGCCCCAUGGAGUAUUCACCUCUGAUUUCCAGGACUUUGUGACUAGAUGUCUCAUCAAGAACCCAGCAGACCGGGCGGACCUGAAGAUGCUGAUGAACCACACUUUUAUCAAGCGCUCGGAGGUAGAAGAGAUGGACUUCGCUGGCUGGCUCUGUAAAACCAUGGGGCUGAACCAACCCAGCACUCCCACACGCACUGCAGACUAAGCACACGCACACACUCAAACAGACAUGCAGCGGCAGCCUACAGACUAAUGGGCAGCAAGCAGCUUAUACACACACACACACACACACACACACGCUUUUCUUGUCAGCCACCACUCCUCCCUCGGGUGAUUGGCUCUAAAGCCUCCAGUCAGUCACUCUUCUCUAACCAUUAGUGCUGAGCGAUUAACCAACGUUUCGUUAAAAAAAAAAAAAAAGUGGUUAUUAAACAACUAAUUGGCUGACAUUCGGGGUCUUUUUGUGAGUCCAAUGCGCCGUUUCUCUGGAGAGAAAUCAAAUCAAGAACUACAGUAUGUGGGACGCUGGGCUGAAGGGAGUUGUAGUUUUCAUUAAGCAAAUAUUCAACAUAGUUCAGCGCAGAAACGUGGUAAUUAACU